CAGACUGGCGCGCUCUGAUAAUAACGCAUGCAAAUGAGCGCAUAGUCCAACUCAACAGUGGCGCGCGUAACCAUGCGGGUGGUGGCGAUCUCCAGGUGAGCGCGUAUCACACCACCUAAAUCCUCAACUUUACAUGAGGGACGGAGGGGAGGAGGACCCGGUUCACGGUUUGCCCAUCUAUGUCUUCUCGCACUCGGGGGCAGAGCACGGACAAAAGGGAAGCUGGACAAGGAGAGGACGAGGCAGCAGUGGACGGCGACAGGAAGAACGGAAACAGCCGUGCCAAGUGCGCUAUGGAGAUGACCUCCCACAACAUCAACAACGAUUCAAAAGUGGACGGUAUGAACUGCGAUGGAUUGAUCAAUCGAAACGGCGGGGACACGACGGAAAUAUCUGUCCCACUAUCCCACACAGGGAAGCGGGUGACCCCUAUUGAGGGGGACAAUCUUUACAGACUGCGAGACAGAAAGUUUUUGCUGGAGGACAAAAAGCGCCUGUGCGCGUGGGCUUUGGGCACAGCUCUGCUUGGAAUACUGCUCAUGAUCUUGCACGCGGAGCUGUGUCCAUUUGCUUAUGAACCGGGCUCCAGCUACGCCUUUAUCAUCAACUGCUCCAUCAGUAUGUCCACAGGGUGCCUUCUGGUUCUCAUUUUAGCCUUCCACUAUAAGGACAUCAGGCUUUUCAUCAUCGAUCACAACCAAGUGGACUGGCGGAUAGCCAUGACGACCCACAGAGUGUUUGGCGUCUCCUUGGAGCUCCUCGUCUGUGCCAUCCAUCCGGUGGGCACCUACUGGGAGCUGGCCGUCCCCUUGACCCAGGACGGAGACGAGCUCGAGGCCAACUCUUCUUCCACCUCCUCCGCGUCUCUGUGUGUGUCCUCCCGCCACGGGGAGGCGCUGUUGAACACGGAGCUGUUGCUGUCUGCGCUGAUGUUCCUGCGUCUCUACCUGGUGCACAGGGCCAUCCUGCUGCACAGCAAAGUGCUCCUGAGCGCCUCCUACAGGAGCAUCGGCUCCCUCAACAACAUCAACUUCACCUUCCGCUUCGUGCUCAAGGUGCUGAUGAACAAGUACCCCGGGCGCACGCUGCUGGUGUUUAUCCUCCUCUUCUGGCUCAUCGCUUCCUGGAUGCUCACGCUGUGUGAGAGGCAGACGCAGGCGGGGACGGGCCGCAUCGACACGGCGCUGUGGCUCAUCGCAAUCACCUUCCUCACCGUCGGCUACGGCGACGUGGCACCCAACACCAGCUGCGGCAAAGUGGUGUGUCUGUUCACCGGAGUCAUGGGAGUGGCCUGCACCGCCAUGCUUGUGGCUGUCAUGACCAAGAAGCUGGCUCUAAACAAAGGAGAGAAGCACGUGCACUUCUUCAUGAUGGACAUUCAGAUCUCCAAACGGAUACGCCACGCUGCGGCCAACGUGCUGAGGGAGUGCUGGCUGCUGCAUCGCACGGACCUGGCCAAGGGCAGCACCGGAGAGCACCGGAGACACCAGAGAUGUCUGCUGGAGGCCAUCAGAGCAUUUCGGCAUUUGCGUCUCAAGCAGAGAAAAUUGAGAGACUACGCCAGUGAGAUGGUUGACCUCCCCAAGAUGCAGAUGAUCAUGUGUGACCUCAGUGCCAACUGGAACAACUCGUACCGCGAGCUGGAGCAACGAAUCAUCUCCAUGGAACAGAAGCUGGACGAGCUCACGCGCUGCUUCCAGCAGACCUCUGAGCUUCUGGCACAAGUCUUGCACCACCCACAGAACAGGUGACAUGUGGCUGUCUGGUUUCCUUAAGACUGGAGAUGGAUAUGAUAUUAUUAUAUUACAGUCGUGGUCUGUCAUUUCCAUGGGACUUGGAGGGGAGGCCUCAUCUCCCUAAGCUGCACUUAACAUUUGGCUGCUGCUGUACCAUUUGGACGACUGCCACAACCAUGAGACAGUCUGACCCAGUGUUGAAUGGACUGCACACUGACUUGUAUCAAGACUAGAAAAGACUUGCUUUCAUUACAGUGGAAGUGUUUGUAUCAGUUACAGUGAUUAAUAUGCACAAAGCACUGCCUUAAUAACAGUCUAUAACAAUCUCAGUAGAGGACCACCAUUCCCCCUGUGGUCUGUGGAAGAGACUUGGAUGCUGCUUCUCUUCGUCCACAUUCUCUUCUGGCUCUGAGAACCCGCCCACCCCCUCCGUGCCUUAUUCCUGUGGAACCAGAGGCAUUACAAAGUGAGGUUUGAUGCCCUCCUAGUAUUGUCAGGCACCUUCUCCCAAAGUGCCUUUCACUCUCAACGGUUGUUAACCGCUAACUGCUAACUACCAAAAGGAAGUGUAACGGCGAGACUCGUAUAGGCCUACCGUGGGUUUAUGAGUGAAGAACUGCUUCUUUCAAUCCAUGUUGAAUUCACACACAUCCUUUAUAUGAGCACUUUUACUCAUUUUAAUUCCUCUGUGGGUUAUUAGGUUGUCCUCGAUAAGUGGUCUUCAGAUGACUGCCGUUAGUCUACCGCUACAUAUGAAGGUCUCUUGGACAUGUUUUUAUAUUGUCUUUAUCAGUGUCUGGCUUUUGCCUCAAAUCCAAUAUUUUGUUAUCUAGGAUUCUAGACAAUAAUUGUUUUCUGCAUUGUGACUCUAAUUCGCUAGGAAUGCAGUGAGUCACCUUCGACUCUGUUAUAGAGAAGAUGGCACCCCCUCCUGGACAUUAAAUGGAAUCACUUAUACAGUCUGGUCACGUCAUUGAGGUGUUAUGAGUUCCAUUGCCAUGUAUAGAAAUAGAUUAAAGUUCUCCUGCAAUCCAAUGUAGGUGUCUGUUUAACCCUUGUGUUAUCUUCGGGUCAUUCUGACCCAUCAGUCAUUGUGACCCACCUUCGUAUUGCGACAGAUUUACCGCAUACAAAGACAAAGUGAAGCAUAUUCUUUUAACCGUUGGGCUGUCUCAGACCCCCCACAUUGCAAAGGUUAAAAGAAAAUUAUUUUAAUUUGUUUUUGUAUUGGGUAAAAUUGGGUAAACACAACGAUGGUUCGUUAUGAACCUUUGGGUCAUGUGACCCGAAGGCAGCACGAGGGUUAACUGAGCACCUUGUGAAAGGAAAAUGUCCAAAGUUGCAUGAAAACUGGAUUUCUGUUCCUUCCUUGUAAAAUUUUAAUUGGAGUUUUAGAAAAUAUUUGCAGUUGGUCAAUUAAGUGAUACAGGUCACAUUGUGAAAUCAGAUUCAAAAUUGAAUUUCAGAUUGACGUUUACAGCACAUUUGCACAAAAUAAAUCCCAAGAAUUGUAUUGUUUAAUAAACUCUUCAGAGCUUACUUAUUCAUGCU